AUGUCGAUUUUAGGAAUUUUUGGUUCAUCAUCAGAUACUGAGCAGGCAACUAAACUGAUAAAUGGGAUCACUGCCUAUAAUGUUGACACUGGAUGCAAUAAUUUAGGGAAUUUAUUAACGACAUCUCAAGAAAUUAAUAGAAAAACUUUAAUUCCAUUAUUACAGCAUGCAUUAAAUUUCUUAAAAUCAAAUAACUCUGAAGCAUCGUCAGCAAUUUUCUAUUUAUUUAUUCGUACCGAAAAUAAUUAUCUAAAAGCAGGUGAUUUAAAGAAUAUUAUUAUGUAUACAAGUCAAAAUCAAAGUGUUUACGAUACGGUUGCAUUUCCUACUCUUCUAGAUCUAUGUUCGCGCGUUGUAGUAACGAAAGAAGAUUUAUCUGAGUUAAUAGAGAAUACAAUGGACUUAGUCUCGUUUGCGUCACAUGCAUCUAAUCAAUCAGUAUUCAGAUUCAUAUCAAAAGUUGUUUCUUUGGACCCAUCUCUUCGAGUUCCUUUUGUUUUUGCAGGAUUGAUUGAACAAAUUAUACCAUCAAUCAUAUCAGAUAAAUCAGGAGCAAGGAUGCUUGCUUCUCUCAUAUCAGAUGUCCAGUCUCGUCAAUAUUUUUUCCAAAUGGGACAUAUUCCUACAUUAAUAACAGCAUUCUUCGAUUCUUCGAUGUCAACACAUAUAAGAGGUGUUUUUAGAGCACUUCUAUCACCAGAUGACCUUACAAAUCUUCAUUCUUUACAAUCAUUUUUAUUUAGUCGAGAUUUUCCACGCCAAUUACUAUUUAAUAUAUUCCACGGUGAUAUAUCAGAUGAAUCAGCCUCAAAUGCAGCAAUAGUUUUAGGAGAUUGCCUUCAAUAUUAUCCUUUGCAAAAUAUUCCAUUCAAAAUGUCUGAAUUUCUAGAAACAGCAGCGGCAAAACCUUCUCUAAGGAUCCCCCUACUCUAUGUCUUGGAAUCUUUCGCUAUUGCUAAUAAAGAUUUGAUGCCAAGUCCAUUAGAAAUUCUGAAGUUUACAAAACUUCACUCUGACAUUUUUUUCGAAUUAUUUUGUAUUUACUUGUGUCAUUCGCCAGACACUAAAUACAGCGAAAUAACAUUUUCCCAGUACGAAAACCUCACAGGAAGGCAACUAUCCCAAGCAAUCAUCACUGCAACAGAAUUUCAUUGCGAAUUUCCAAAUUCUGAGGUUCUUUCUCAGAGUUUGGAGAAUGAGUGUGUUGCACAACUUGCUUCCAUCAACAGAUUAGUCACAAGAAAGUUUAAUGAAAAAGAUCGAAAUUUAUUAGUCCAAAAUGCCGUUAAUUUCUUCUCAAUGCAACAUGAAAUUAACUCUGGUACAUACUUACCCUUGUUUUUCCCUCGGGAGUUCAUAGACUGGGGAAAAUCAGAAUUUUCCGAAAUUGGACUGUCAAGAUGGAUGCACAGCGCCACGCAAUAUGAAAUAUCUGAUGUAACAGAUGUUUACGACCGAAUUCCUGAUAGUUCUUCAGUAACUGUCAUUGAAAUGUCGAAAAUGACAAAUGAAGUCAGGAAAAACAACGAAAAAUUGCGAAAAACUAAAGAAAGACUCAUCAAAGAGGCUGAAGAAUCUGAAAUGAUGAGAGGUGAAGCAGAACUCGAUUUAAUCGAAGCAAAAUGUCGUGCAAAGUUAUAA